GCCAGCCCGGCUGUGGCGACGGCGGCAGCGGCAGCACCGCCAUGUCCUGGUACCGCAACGCCGUGUGGUUCGUGAAGGGGCUGCGGGAGUACACGAGGAGCGGCUAUGAGUCUGCUUCCAAGCACUUCAAUCCAGCCGACACAGAGGUGAACGUGGCUGGAAGAUCCUUUCUGGUCACCGGCGCCAACAGUGGCAUUGGCAAGGCCACGGCCACGGAGAUAGCAAGGAGAGGUGGCACGGUUCAUAUGGUUUGCCGAAAUAAGGAACGGGCUGAGGUUGCCAAAGGAGAAAUAGUGACAGAAACAGGGAAUCAGAAUAUCUUCUUGCAUAUUGUGGAUAUAUCUAAUCCCAAGGAAAUCUGGAAGUUUGCUGAAAAAUUCAAAAAUGAACAUAAAUUAAAUGUGUUGAUCAACAAUGCAGGAUGUAUGGUGAAUACCAGAGAAUUAACUGAAGAUGGACUUGAAAAAAACUUUGCAACAAACACUUUGGGUACAUAUAUUCUGACAACUGCCUUGUUGCCCCUCCUGGAAAAAGAAGCUGAUGCCAGAGUGAUAACUGUCUCUUCUGGGGGCAUGCUAGUUCAAAAAUUAAACAUAUCUGACUUGCAGUCGGGAAGUGGGACAUUUGAUGGAACUAUGGUGUAUGCACAAAAUAAGAGACAGCAAGUUGUCGUGACAGAACAAUGGGCAAAAACUCACAGAAACAUCCAUUUCUCUGUUAUGCACCCCGGUUGGGCAGACACUCCAGCUGUGAGAUCAGCAAUGCCAGAUUUCUACCAGAAGAUGAAGAACAGUCUGCGCACAGAGGCCCAGGGAGCUGACACUGUUGUAUGGUUGGCAAUAUCACCCGAAGCAACAAAGUUGCCCAGUGGCUUGUUCUUCCAAGACAGGCAACCAGUCCCUACACAUUUACCCCUGGCGAGCACCCACAGCCCACCGGAGGAUGAGGAGAAGCUAAUGGAGAUGCUGGAAGAAUUCUCCCAGAAGUUUAAAUCCACUUCUCCAGGAACUUAAUGUCCCUACUGACAAAGCAUAGCCACAAAGCUUCUAAUUACACAGUAACAGUACCGUAGCGUGCCUGCCCAUGAGGGGAAGCAGGAUGGCAUAGGCCCCUUAAAAAUAAAUUGCCUUCAGGUGUUCUCAUCAGGGGGGA